AUGCCCCCGUGGUCAAAAAUACGCCAUUUUCCCCCAUUAAGCCACCUCCUUUUGCGUUCCUCCAGGAAUAUCUCGUUGACAUGCCGUGGCAAAUCCAUCAACCGAGAGGAGCUGUUUCAGUACACCAAUGGCCGAUUUUUGACUCGAGAUCAACAACAACGGGAUGCUCGUUAUGUCAAGUUUGACUUAGACGCUCUUUGUGCAAUUGCAGCCAACACUGGCCCGUCGGUCUCGCCUGUCCGAGAGAUCGAAAAGUUAGAGGGUGGAUUCAACAAAGCAUUACGCCUACACAGGGCGGAUGGAACAGAGCUCAUUGCCAAGAUCCCCUGUCCCAACGCCGGCCUCGCCAAAUAUACGACUGCGUCGGAAGUCGCUGUUCUCCAAUAUGGUAGGAGAAUCCAAUUUGCCGCAGUUAUGCUAGUGUCUAAUCAGUCGAAGUGA